AUGCUUCAAUUAACAUCUCUUACCCCUUCUGAGCACCAGGAUUUUUUCCAGAUAAUGGCAAAUAGAAAUGAAACAUUUGGAAGUGAGCAGGAAAACGCUAACAAGUGUACCGAUAAUAGUGAGAACCGAACACAGACACUCUCGCCCUUGCCUCCAAACCCAGUAUCUCGCUACAGCUGGUGCACUGGAAGUUAUGAGCACAAACAGAUGCUGCAGAGAAAUCUGUUUCUAUUGCUCAACUGUUCCAAGCAUGUCUCAGUAUUUUUAGCUCUGGGGAUGUUCUGGUGCGCACACAAACUAUAUAGGCAUGAUCUGGGACUCCGGAGCGUGGGUGAGCGCUACAGCAGUGUGACAGCUGGGCACCUCUGGAGCAGCGGGGCAGGGCUGUCUGUGCGACACCGGCUCUCCUGGCCCCGCCCCCGGCCGCUGCCGGCCAAUCGCAGCGCGUCUGGCCGCGCGGCCGGCCCCGGGAACCGCGGCGGGGAGGGGAGGAUGCUGCGAGGCGUUGCCAGCGGAGGGAACCUGCCGCCGCCUCCUCCCCCUCCACCCUCGGAGUCCGGCCGGGGGAGUCGGGCCCGGGCCGGGGAGGAGGAAGUUGCGGCCCAGCUGGGACAGCAGCAGGUGGGAAGCUCCGCGCCCGGCUGUUGCGGCUGCCUGAUUGCAGCCUGGCCUUGGGCAAAGCUUCCUACUCCGUCUGGAGCCCCACACACUUCCCAGUUCCCCCGCUCGGGGGCCGCUUACCCUGCGUGCUCCUCGAGGGGCCUGCGAGAUGCCAGCGCCGGAGAGAGACAUUUACCGCCGGGGCAGGAUUGCUCGUCGGCCCCGGCACGUCUCGCUCUCCCUUCCCUCUCUGCCGGAGCCCCUCGGCCCUUGAAAGUACCCCGGGGAGGCUGCAGCGCCCGGAGAAGCCGCAGAGUCAAUGGGGCGAGGGACUGGGGCGGGCGAACAGAGCACCCAGGAUUGAGACGCGCGCAAGUGCGGUCACUGCAGCGCCGCUUGGCUGUUUCUUCUCCCGACAGUUCGCGAAUUACUUACAAAGAGCCUAGGCUUCUCUGAAGGGUGGACGGCUCGUUCCCUCUCGCCUUGUCCGCCCUCAAUCUCUCCACCGCCGCCCGGCACGCUUUGCUGAUCUAAAAUCAGAACAAUUAGAGAGUAAUGAUUUUUUUGGAAUAGCAACUCCUACAGACACUCAGAUCUGCCCUCGCUUCAGCGCCUCCCAGCCCUCAUUCCCAGCAGCCAGGCGAGAGCGCGCAGACCCCUAAAAAGCAACUUGUGUUACCCGGGUCUGGAUCCUGGAACUUUAUAAACUAAUCCGUGUGUGUGUGUAAACCGAAGAGUAAGUGCCUAUUAUUUCUGAGUACUUCGGUGUCCUAACGAAGCUUUGCUUCUAAAGGACAGGAUAUAUUUUUGGAGUCUCCUUCCACUGAGUGUUUUAAAUGUUUAUUUCCUCGAGCGAUCAAAUGUGUCUUUUGUGCAGUUUAUUUAAACUUCGAAAGGCCUCCUUGAGUCGCUAAACUAAUUGAGCAAACUAGCUGGUAUUGUGGACGGCGCAGUCGGGAUGGAUUUUUGUGUGUAGGAGAGGUGAAACUGACAAUUCAAGGAAAGGUUCUGUGCGAGUCCCCACCUCCCAUCCUCAUAUCCACACGUGGCCCCUAGGAGGUGCUGGUGAAAUACGGUUGCUUAGGUUUUGCAGAUACGCACUUAAUCCUGCCUCACCAAGUAUGCCUUUUUUCUUCGCACUGAGCAAGGUACUUAAAUUAAAAGGGUGUGCAAGAGAUGAUUCAUUCAGUGUAGCUGCUCUGAUAGCCAAAUGGCGAUGUGGUUCCAGUUAAUUUGUUGAGAUUAUACUGUUCACCAAGUCCUGUUACCAACUCUGUUGCCAUGAACGUGGGAAUAAUACCUGCCCCAAGGGAGGUCUUCUUUAACAUCUAUUGUCAUGUGUUAUUUAUAAACAGCUUGAAUUAACACUGUAAAAUAGAUGGAUGUCUAAGAACCUAGGCUGUAUAAAAGAACCUGAGGAUAGACAAGAUAACUCUAUAUUAACCAAAGGAUAAUGAAUGAGUUUACCGCUCAGUUCAAUAAGCUUCUGAAAUAUGCUUCCUCCUGGACUUCUAAGAAACAGGCCAAAACUUUAAUUAUCCUUUAAAACAUGUUAAGCCUAAAUAGAAAAAGGAAAUUAAUCACUUAUAGAUUUUCUCUUCUUUAUUAUGAUUCAGUUGGUGCAUCCGUUGAUGGCUAAGAAUUUUCCAAACCAUGUGAAUUCAGAGAGGCAACACUUUUGCUGUUGUUGUUCCAGGUAAUGAGCUCUCUUUGAAAACCACUCGGAAAGGGAUGCCAUUUUUAUGCAACUUGGAUCGAAAUGGUUUUGCUUUAGUAUUCUAUUCUAAUUAGGAUGAAUACACCACAGGCCAAAAUAGUUUCAUACGAUAAGAAAAUCUUUAAAGAAAGGAACACAGAGUUAUUAGGUUAUGAUUGGCUGUAUAAAUUUAGCUGGGCAGGGGGAGGAAGGUCAUAAUAAAUGUAUUCUGCUCUCUCUCAUCAAUUAUCAGCAUCAAUCCCCUAACAUUCUCUCCUCCCAAAGACUGAAGGAUGUGCAGCAAAGCUUAUUUCUUGAAGGAGAAGGUUCGGGAAAAAUUAAUGAUUUUAAUUAGAACUUUCCAAUCUAAGUAGAAUCAUUACCUUAAUUAGCUAGAUAAGGAAGUAUGAAGGAUGAAAUUUUGCAAAUGAAAUUUUGGAAAUGCAUGGUAGCAUAGAAUACCCCCAUUGCUUCAUUUUAAAAAAAGAAAAUAUAAAUGUAUUUUAAUUAAUAAAUGACUUUUCAUCAUGUCCCUAUUAGGAAAAUUCUGUGUGCCAAUGCUUUCAGUGUUUGAGUUAAUACAUCUUUU